CAUAGUACCCGUGGCCCUAGCGUAUAUGGCUUACGUUCCCCGCGCUCGUCACUUUCCACUUUCCACAUUCUGAGUUUUCCUUUUCAAUUUCCUGACUCUCCUGAUUCCACCCAUUUUCUCACUCCAAAAUUCUUCAUUUUCAUUUCAACUUUCUCUCCAUUUUCUUCUUCUCUUCUCUGCCUUAGGGCACACAACACGACGAUGAAGCCCGAAUUGUACGAAAUCUCCGAUGACGAAUGGGAGAAUCACUCCUUCAAACCCUCACGAAUUCUCAAACGACCUCGCUCUUCUUCUCCUCCUCCAAUCGAGUCCUUCGCUUACAACCCCCAAGCUUCUUCCGACGACGACGACGAUUGCGUCGAGAUCACACGAGAAUCUGCUACUUUUCCGGAGAGCCUCCACGAACUGGACGACGCCGACGGCGGAGCUCAGCCCCUGGCGAGUCGUGGCCGCCGGUUCAUUAUCGACGAUGACGACGACGACGAAGACGAGGAGGACGGUGGCGACGUUGAGUUGUGCGAAGUUGAGGAAGAGGAUGUGGUUGGUAGGGCUUUGCAGAAGUGCGCGAGAAUCUCAGCGGAGUUGAAGGGAGAGCUGUUCGGGUCUACGGGUACCGCAUGUGAGAGGUAUUCGGAGGUGGAAUCUUCUUCAGUCAGAAUCGUAACUCAGGAUGAUGUUGAUGUUGCGUGUGCGUCCGAGGAGGAGGAUUCGGAUUUUCAGCCUCUGCUCAAGCCUUAUCAACUGGUUGGUGUCAAUUUCUUGCUCCUGCUGUAUAGGAAGGGCAUUGCAGGAGCCAUAUUAGCAGAUGAAAUGGGCCUUGGCAAAACGAUUCAGGCCAUCACUUAUUUAACUUUGUUGAAGCACUUGCAUAAUGAUUCUGGUCCACAUCUUAUAGUAUGUCCUGCUUCUGUAUUGGAAAACUGGGAAAGGGAAUUAAAGAGGUGGUGUCCAUCCUUUUCCAUUCUUCAAUAUCACGGGGCAGCACGUGCAGCAUACUGCAAGGAGUUGAACUCCUUGUCUAAGGCUGGAUUGCCUCCCCCAUUUAAUGUUCUUCUUGUGUGCUACUCGCUUUUUGAACGACACAGUGCGCAGCAGAAAGAUGAUCGUAAAAUUCUGAAGCGUUGGAGGUGGAGCUGCGUGCUGAUGGACGAGGCACAUGCUUUGAAGGAUAAAAAUAGCUUUAGGUGGAAAAAUCUAAUGUCUGUCGCACGAAAUGCAAACCAACGGUUGAUGCUGACUGGGACCCCUCUUCAAAAUGAUCUACAUGAGUUAUGGUCACUAUUGGAGUUUAUGAUGCCUGAUAUUUUUGCUUCUGAAGAUGUUGAUUUAAAGAAGUUACUAAAUGCAGAAGAUAGAGAUUUAAUUGGUCGUAUGAAGUCCAUCUUAGGGCCAUUUAUUUUGCGGCGUCUGAAAUCUGAUGUGAUGCAGCAACUUGUUCCGAAAAUACAGCAGGUUGAAUAUGUUGUAAUGGAAAAGCAACAGGAAAGUGCUUACAAGGAAGCCAUUGAGGAGUACCGUGCUGUUUCACAGGCUCGGAUGGCCAAAUGUUCUGAGCUUAAUUCGAACAAUGUUCUUGAAGUUCUUCCUCGACGACAAAUAAAUAACUAUUUUGUUCAGUUUCGCAAGAUUGCAAACCAUCCUUUGUUGAUAAGGCGAAUUUAUAGUGAUGAGGAUGUCAUUCGCUUUGCCAGGAAGCUACAUCCAGUAGGUGCUUUUGGCUUUGAAUGCACUUUGGACAGAGUUAUAGAGGAACUUAAAAGUUACAAUGACUUCUCUAUUCACCGGCUCUUACGUCAUUAUCGUGUCAAUGAUAGAAAAGGGAUCCUUUCAGAUAAGCAUGUCAUGCUUUCUGCAAAAUGUCGGGCCUUAGCAGAACUUCUUCCUUCACUAAAGAAGGGUGGUCAUCGUGCCUUGAUUUUUAGUCAAUGGACAUCUAUGCUUGACAUAUUGGAGUGGAAUUUGGACGUCAUUGGUUUGACCUACAGACGACUUGAUGGCAGUACACAGGUAGCAGAGAGGCAAACAAUAGUUGAUACGUUCAAUAAUGAUACUUCAAUAUUUGCGUGCUUGCUUUCCACAAGAGCUGGUGGACAAGGCUUGAACUUAACAGGAGCUGAUACUGUUGUAAUUCAUGACAUGGAUUUUAAUCCACAGAUAGAUAGACAAGCAGAAGAUCGCUGUCAUCGAAUUGGUCAAACAAAGCCUGUAACCAUAUAUCGGCUGGUGACGAAAGGAACAGUUGAUGAAAAUGUGUACGAGAUUGCCAAGAGAAAGCUAGUAUUAGAUGCUGCUGUUCUGGAGACCAUGGAGGAGAUUAAUGAAGGUGACAUGCCUGAGAAGACCAUGGGAGAGAUAUUGUCCUCAAUUUUGCUGAAUUAAAACGUUCUGCCAAAGGAAAUAUGUACCUUAAUUUUUCAUGCACUGCCUAGUACUUUUUUCUCCCUAGGUUCGCAUUCUUUUCCUGUAGUUCUGAUAUUAAAUUUAUCAUCGGAAGAUCUGGGAGAAAAGAGAACUGGGCACCCUGCAAAUUGGUGCUGAACUGGUGUACAAUAGUAUUAAUUUUCAUGUUUGGAUUGCAGUGAAUAAUUUUUGUAGUUAGAACAAUAGGAGAAUUAGUACAAGAUAGUCAAAGUAGAAAAUUAGCAAAUUCAUUGAGCAUUAUAUUACUCUGGAAGCCCCUAUGAAGAAAGCUCAUGUUUCAUUUUAUAUAUUCUAGAUCCCUAUGUUUUCCCCA